CAGAGAACUGGGCGAGUCCGGUGAAAGCCGAACAGCCGUGCAAGUCGAAUCUCUGUAAAAUGAUCAAACUGCGCUGCAUGAAGAACGAUGAAUUUUAUGCCGAUCUCUGAAUAUAUUUGAAAACUUCCUUCAAAGAUAGUUGUAUAAGGUUGCUUAUACCAUCUCAAGGAACAGAGGAAGAGGACGCAGAUUGAGCAGCCAGCAAGCCAGCCAGCAGACAGACAUCGUAAGGAGAGCAGAAGGGGACCUACAGUCCUGCGUGGUGGAGAUAAGGUUCCAAGACUAAUAGCAGAGCUGACUGUGAGAGGCUCCACAUUUCAUUUCACCUUCCUUUAACCAGAAAAGGCCCUUAAGGUUUGAAACCCCGUUCCAGUGGGCCGUCAUGGGGAAACAGAACAGCAAACUGCGGCCUGAAGUGCUGAAUGACCUGCGCGAAAACACAGAGUUUUCCGACCAUGAGCUCCAGGAGUGGUACCGAGGCUUCCUCAAAGACUGCCCAACGGGCCACCUGACAGUCGAAGAGUUCAAGAAGAUCUACGCCAACUUCUUCCCGUAUGGCGACGCUUCCAAGUUUGCUGAGCACGUCUUCCGGACAUUCGACACCAACGGCGAUGCCACCAUCGACUUCCGGGAAUUCAUCAUCGCGCUGAGUGUCACAUCGCGCGGCGGCCUGGAGCAGAAGCUGCGCUGGGCCUUCAGCAUGUAUGACCUGGAUGGGAAUGGCUACAUCAGCCGGGCUGAGAUGCUGGAGAUCGUACAGGCGAUUUACAAGAUGGUGUCCUCAGUGAUGAAGAUGCCAGAAGAUGAGUCGACACCGGAGAAACGGACAGAUAAGAUCUUCAGACAGAUGGAUGUAGACAAUGAUGGCAAACUCUCUCUGGAGGAGUUCAUCAAAGGUGCCAAGAGUGACCCUUCCAUCGUCCGGCUCCUGCAAUCUGACCAGGGAACCUCUCGCUAGUUAUGAAGACAAAUGGACAACCACACACAGUCCUGAACACAGGAAAGCGGACAGAUGGACCCUGUAUCAUCCCCCAUCCAACACACACAACCACACAAGAAAGAGGUUCAGUUGUCAUUACAACACUAAUACCUUAUUCCAUGUAUUAUUGUUUACAUUAGCAGUAGUUCCCUAGCCUGAUCCCAGAUCUGUUUGUGCUUUCUUGUCAGCUCCAUGCAAACAGAUCUGAGACCAAACUAGCAGUUUCCCAUAUCCCAAAGCAGCGGUCUGAAAAAUGCUUCCUACAGCGAAUAAUGUUUUCCGUUAUGAAACAUCCCAUUCUGCAUCCACAGUACCACUGAAAGACUUACAUUUCCUUGCAAAUGUUUAAAUACUUAUGGUUUUAUUUUUACUUGCCUUCAGUCAAAGUGAAGUGCUUAAUAAUCUUAAUAUUUGUACUGAAUGUAUUACACUUGUAUGUAUUAUGGACGUGUUACGGUAAGAAGAAAUCAACCAAAACUAAUAUUUUGUAUAUUAACCAUCCUGAGUCUUAUUGUAAUAUUAGCUAGGAACAAGAGUUUUUCACAAUGUACAGGUAUUUCAAAAAUGAACUUUUUAUUGCCCCCAACUGUACAGGCAGUUCCAGUGUACUAAAACCAGUAUCUUGUCAUCUUUUGCAGUCACUGGUUUGUUUAACUCCAAAGGAUAAACUAAUUUCCAAUAAGGAAACACUGGGGAUACGCACCCUGAAGACUACACUGCAAAUGUGUGCGUUCCCUUAGCGUUGUUUUUAGCUUGCUCCACCAGAAGCAUCAGAAGAGGGGGAAAAAAACAUAAGCAACUAUCAGUUGUUCACUUCUCAGACACACGUCUUUGUGCUAGAAGUAGACUUGUACUGUAAAGAGAUUAUGCAACACAAGCCUCGGUAAAAUGCUGCUUCUAUCGUUUCUGUAGCAAGCGUGUCCAUUACAGGUGACUAAAGUCCAAAAAACUGGCUGUGAAUGACCUCUAUCCCUGUGGAGUUAAACAAACCAGUAUCUGAAAAAUAUGGUUUUAAUACACUGGAACUACCAGUACAGUUGGGGGCCAUAAACAUUUAUUUUUCAAAAUACCUGUGCUACAGCAAUGGUACAUUGUUAAAGUGAGAAACUCAAUUAUUUUGUGUUCCUAGUUAAAAAUACAUUGACAGUGAAGCUGGUCAAUUCCCAACACAGAAUACACAUACAUAAAUAAUGAUGAAACAGUAUUCUCUAUUCUCUUUUUAUUUUGUAACAAAAAUGUAAUUUUGUUUUCACACAAUCUAAAUAAAGUUUUGUAAGAAAAACAA